AUGAAGGUAAAUGGGCUCAUUGAUAGAGUAGAUGGGCCGCUAGUCCAUUUGGGUUCACCUUCUAUUAAAUGGUGCUAAAACCUUCACAGUGGUCCAUGCACUUACUGAGAACCAGGGAUAGGCUACCCAGCCUGGCAGCCUCACAGGGGCCUGUGAGACAAUACCAUGCCAAUACCAUGCUAUUCUCCUGGGCUUAGCUCCGGGGAGGGGGUUAACAACGUCUCUGAACGGCCCACUCUGGUGGGCUUCUACUGGGUAGACCCAAUCUGAGAUCCCCCUUUCAGGCCCUCCUAGCAAUUACUUCAGGGGCCUUUGCCAGGGCCCUAAUCCAGCCAAACUCAAAGCUGGAAGGCUAAUUAGUGACAAGCUUUUACUGUCCAAAUCUCCUGUAGCUGCACAAUGGCAGGUCUCCCCAUGCCAGAACAAAUGGGCCCUAAAUGUCUAUAGUGUGUAGGCUGGACAGAAGAGAGUAAUAGGACUUGAGUGAGUUUGAAUGCACAUUAUAAAACAACUAUUAGUGUAAGGUAAUGAGUAGGCUGGGCAGGGAGUGAAUCAGGAUGGGGAUGAGUGGGCAUGGCUGGGAUAGACAGGGAGGGAAAUACUGUGCUAAUUUGUCUCCAUAUUUCUGUCAAACAAAUUACAACAAUCCCUUGUUUUGGGAUUUUCUAACAUGGAAGUUAGAACAACAAUGGAUUUAUGUCAAUUUCAGUAUUUAUAUUUUUUGUCAUUGUUAUGUGUGUGCAUGCGUGCGUGCAUGUGACACCCUUGUUUCUCCAAAUAUAAUGAAAAUACUGCACUGCACAAACAUUGCCGUAACCUGGAUGUAUAGGUCAUUUUCUCAUCCCCUUUUGUCUCUCUCUUUCCAGAAGGGCAGCUUGAGACAGAUCCUGGUGGUCAAGGAGAGUCGUCUGGAGUCUGGUCAGUUCCUGGUCUUGACCGUCAUCUCCAUGGUCCUGAUCAUGGGGGCGCUGGCAGCGUCCGGCUGGCUCUUCUGCCUGCGCCACCGUUCCCACCUCCAACUGAAGGAGAAACUAGCCAGCCUGGGGACUGACACCAGCGCUGAUGCAACCGCAACCUAUCAGGUGAGAGGAGCCUCCUCGUCCUCAGCCAAUCUCAGUGCAGCAGUUGAGUGCUCUACUGGUAGAGCAUGCGCUCUGGUCCCGGUCCCUGACACUAGACUUAUUCUGAUUGGUCUGCAGUGACACGUAGUCGCUGUGUAUUGAAUGAGUUGAUUUUAAGGGAAUAUCUGGUUGUUGUUUGGUUUUUGUCACACUUGUGACAGUUGGUUGUAGAAUGUGUGUUUGUUCAUGAUAGAGCUAGGUUGUGACUUAAGGCUGGUUAUCAACAGAAUAUAUUGAUAUGUAAAAUUUUUGUAACCCAAUUGCAAGAUUACCCUUCAUUUGAUUCUGUAUUAUGUGAAAGUGUUUUUUGUGGUUUGGUUGUAAUUUAAGACAUCAAGGAAAUAGAAUAAACAAUUGCCAGUCAAAUGUUAGCCUCGUAAAACCAGACUGACCGCUGCGCUCAGCCUGGUUUAACAAGGCUGGUCAAAUGUUUCUAGAAGUCAAAAUUUCCAGUGAGAGUUGUAUUGGCUAUGACCUAUGACUAGGAGAGGGGCUUUUUAGCAGGGGAGCGGGUUCAUUGUGUGACCUAUUCCUUCCAUUCCUCCAGGUCUAGCGGCUGGCUGGGUGGCUGGCUCGUAUUGAUUUUGUCUUGGCCUCAGCUGUGCUCAGUGUGGACACUCAUCACAUUUCACAUUUACAUUCUCAAUAUUUAAUCAGCCUUUCACAGUGUCUUUCCCGAUCGUACACACUGAAGAUGGACAAUCAUUAAGAGAGUAGAGAAAUGUGUUCUACUGUAACCGUUCAUUUGGGCCCGUUUCUUUAAUGUUCAUUUUUUUUGGGGGGGGGUUUAAUGGACUUUUACAAUAUUUACAAUAUUUUAUUAUUUGUUUACAAUAUAUAUGGGUUGUUGUAGCCUCAUAUCUCCUAUGCACAUACAAUAACAGAUGAAUUGUUACAUUAUGUCCCAUUUUUGGACAACUUAGGAUGUUGGCAUUCCGCCAAGGUGAUGGAAAUUGUGUUUUAUUAAGACAGUACACAUAGUUUCCCUGUUUUUUACUGGCGCCUCGCCAUUAAAGCUAGUUAAAGGGAUAGUUCACCCAAAUUACAAAAGUACACAUUGGUUUCCUUACCCUGUAAGCAGUCUAUGGACAAGGUAUGACAGCAAUCCAUGCUUUGGUUUAGUUUCCCUGGCACUGUUUCCACAUGCUAAAGCUUUAGCAUUUGUGACACAAAUCCCAUUCAAAUCAUGGGACUGAUAUUAGCUUUUUUCGCACAUUAUGUCUAAAUCAUCUGAAUGUAUCUCAAAUUGAUUGUGAAGCCCAACAAAUCACUUAUAGAUGUUUUGAACAUGAUGCGCGAAAAAUACUAAUAUUUAUGCCACAAAUGCUAAAAUGUUAGCACGUGGAAACAGUGCCAGGGAAACUAAACCUAAGCAUAUUGUUUUCAUACCUUGUCCAUAGACUGCUUACAGGGUAAGGAAACCAAUAUGUAAUUUUGUAAUUUGGGUGAACUAUCCUAUUAAGGAGGACAAUUAUGCCUUUGCAGCCUAAAUGGAGGAUGCUUUAUGUACGAGCUGGUCCAUGGGGGACAUGAGUGUAUUACCGGGAAUGCACAUCAAUCUUAGAUGAUAGUGCAGAUCUAGCAGCCACUAUCGGCUGCCUAAGCUAGUGUCUAUCCUCUCUUUUAGCCUUCUCUGGUUCCCCUUUGUUGGGGGUAUAUGCAAGUAAAUGGGUUGUACAAAUUGCACAAAUUACCAGGUUUUCCAGAAAUCCAGGUUGGAGGAUUCCCUGAUUUCCUGCUCAUUCUCUCCUCCAACCACAGUACCUAUUCCAACUGGGAUUCCUGGAAAAUCUGGACAUUUUGGCUGUGUUAACAGAAUUGUUCAACCCUAGCCCUAUGGGCCCAUAAAGGGAAUAGAGUGCCAUUUGAGAUGCAACCCUUGACUCUGUAAAGGUGUAGACUAGAGAAACUGGAUUAAUUAUUUGGUGGACAUGGAAAGUGCCCUGAGGCCGUGGCCCGGGGCAGAUUCUCAUGGUUAUAAUGAUUAAGGUUUGACGUAGGGAAAGCUGAUCCUAGACCAGGGCUUAGAGGCUGGUCCCUGGAGUGAAAUAUCACAAUAAUAGAUCAUGAGAUAGACUAGUAGCAAUGUGCUGCUUUCAGAAGACGUUUACCUGCACUGCCUUCUGCUGUCCUGGCUUGCAGCUAUGGGCCCUGGUCAAAAGUAGUGCACUAUGUAGGGAAUAGGGUGCCAUUUGGGAUGCAACCCUGGUUGUUAAUUGUGGUUGAAGAUCAGUCUGUGGGUCUGACUGGUGCAGGCUACACACCAAACACGCUUCAUUAUACUGUGAAUAUAAUGGAGAAAUCUUCAGCUCCAGUAUCGGGAGCGGGGAAGUAGGAAGGGGGAGAGAGGGGUUCGGGUUCGGGUUCUGUAAGAUUGCAUCCUUUUUUUCUUAUCUUUUCUCUCCUUAUUUUGAGUUGGGGGAAGAUGACUGGCUGGCUAGAUAACGCCCAGGCUCCAAAUCCCUAAUGGAGCGUCUGUGAGCACAAGGCAUGAUGGGAGAAAACCUGAGUAAUUUUGUAGAGAGGAGUAAUCUUCAUGGUGGGGUGGCGGCAAUGGGAGAGAGUCUUUUAUAUAGACGUCUCUUCUGAAUCUCUCUGAUUUCCAUAGAAUAACAAUAGAAUUUCACCUUCAAUAUCAUUCCAAAGGCCUACUGUACAUGUGCAUACAUAGGUUGCUCAUCUCUGUUGUAGCUUUGUAGUUAUGAGAGAGUGGCUGCUCAGUUCAAAGAAAAUCCUUUGGGUUUAAAGUAUUGAUUCCCUGUUAUGUUUUAAUUUCUUUGAGUAAUGGAAACCGAGAUUCAUCGUACCUAAAGAUGAAUAUGGUUGUUACAUUUUGAACGUGGGCAUUGUUUUUGUUGCUCAUGGGCAGUCUCUUUCAUUUUGGGCUGUAGUUUUGUGGCUUUUGUUUCUCAUCUAUUUAACGAUGUUCUUCAUAGUAGCUUGUGCCUCCUUAUAAGACAAUACAUAAGUACCUAAUGUGUUACAAAACAAGUGGCUCAUAGAAAUUGUUACCAAAUGUAUACAAAUGGAAAUCAAUACUUAAGACAUCCCCUGCCAGCCAGACACCCAAUGUAUUGUUAAAGUUUAUUAUUAUUUGUUUUGUAAAAUGGUGGCAAUAUACUGGCUUGACCUUGGCAAUUCAAGCUUUUUGAAGUUCACUGCAUGACCUUUGACUGUGUUUUUUAUUUCCUGACAUUUAUAUAGAUAGGUUUGCUACAAACCAUGCUCCAUAGGCCACAGUGAUAUCCCAGACUUAUACAGUCUGCAAAGAUUAACAGGGGUCAUGUGAAAUCAUCUCAACUAAUCAAAACAAUGUCUGUCUGGCUUUUGUAUUAGUCUUUAAUGAAUGAGAAUGAAUUUGAGUAAUAUUGUAUUUGUAAUAUUUAGCCUUGACAUUACAACAAAGUCAUUUUACAACAAAGUCAUUUUUAUUUGCUUUGAUAAUACAGUAAGAAUCAACCAGAGUCAACCAACGGCUGAUCAGGUCCUCCUCUCUCCUCUCCAGGAGCUGUGUCGCCAGCGGAUGGCUGUGCGGACGUCGGAGCGUGCAGAGCGCCCGGAGCCUCUACGCCGCCACUCACGGCUGAAUAGCGCGUCGUCUCAGUUCAGCGAUGGGGGACCCAUGGCCAGCCCCUCUGCCCGUAGCUCCACCUCAUCCUGGUGCGAGGAGCCUGUCCCUGCCAACAUGGACAUCUCCACCGGACACAUGAUACUGGUAAAACAACAUACUACUAUAGUCUGUCUGAUGCGAGGAGCCUUUACCCUCCAUCAUGGACAACAUCUUACAUUACAGUAGACGCUCUUAUCCAGAGCGACUUACAGGAGCAAUUAGGGCCAAGCGCAUAUCGACAGAUUUGUCACCUAGUCGGCUCAGGGAUUUUAACCAGCAACCUUUCACUUACUGGCCCAACGCUCUUAACCGCUAGGCUACCAUCCACCCCUGUUUGGAGUCAGUAUGCAGUAUCCACCCCUGUUUGGAGUCAGUAUGCAGUAUAGUGUGUGUAGGAUAGGAUCUCUAUGAGUGUGUGUGUCUAUGCUCUGGGGUUCCUAUUCCCCUAGCACUCAGCCUCCAGCUUUCAUUCCGUUUGUCUGUCUGGCUCUGUCUCUCUAUCCCUUUCUCGUCUCUAUCCUCGCUAGAUCUCUGCGAUUUUUCUUUCCAUCUCUGUCUUUCUUUCUUUCCAUCUCUAUCUCUAUCUCCCUCUUUUUCAUUUUCUCUCACUUUAUCUUGGCCUGUCGUCUCUGCCAUUCUUUCUCUUGCUCUUAUUUUCUCUCUCUUUGUCACUCUCUUUAUCCCUCUCCCUUGCCACCCUCCCCCCCCUCUCUCUCUCUCUCUCUCUCCCCCUCUCUCUCUCUCCUCUCUCUCUCUCUCUCUCUCUCCUCUCUCUCUCUCAUCUCUCUCUCCUCUCUCUCUCUCUCUCUCCUCUCUCUCUCUCUCUCUCUCUCUCUCUCUCUCUCUCUUUCUCUCCCUCCCUCCCUCUCUCUCCCUCCUGCUCUCUCUCUCUAUGUUGAAGCCAAAGCAAGACGGAUAUUGCAUUGCGAUGAGAGCUGUUCAAAAGAGAAAUAUCAUUACCCAGCUGAUUGUCAGUUGAAGGUUUCAGAUUUUUGUUUUGCUUUUCUUUGAAAAGCUUUGAGUCCCUUGUGGGCCCCCCCAGUUGCACACACAAUGGAUUGUUUUAAUUUUGUUUUAUUCAUUGCAGACAAGCUUGAUAAAAGAGAUGGAUAGAUGCCUGGCAGUGUUUUCAUUAGUGGGGUAAAAUUCAUCACAGUACGUGUCAGGCUUUUGUAUCGGAGUCAAUAGUGAAUGAGAAUUAGUUUGAGUAACGUGUAUUCGUCAUAAUGGAUGGGCUUAUUGCAAAUGUUAUUUGCUUUAAUAAUAACACAGUAAGAAACAGAUUCACUGCAGAUUCACACGGACCUUGACUCCAUUUUGACUCCUGAGUGAUUGACAAGGAGGUUGUUUCUCUUUUGAAUUCCAUUCACACCUCACGUGUAACCAUGUGUAAGAUUGCCUUGGUAUCACUGAUGUCAGACCAGAUUUCUUUCAUCUCUCCUGUGCUGUUCUCUGUGGAUCUCAUGCAGUGUGGACUGUGGCAGUGAUGAGUACCUUACUCUCUCAAGAUAUAUAAUAUAAUAUAUAAUAUGCCAUUUAGCAGACGCUUUUAUCCACAUGCUGGGCUCUCUUAUAGCUCACACCUACAUCUAACUCACUGGAGUAGGAGGCUCUUUCUGGCCCAAUCUACUCUCAUCCAAGUUUCAUUUGGGCUUCAUCCCCUAUGGCACCCUAUCAGCCUGUGGGCCCUGGUCAAAUGUUAUGCACUAAAUAGGGAAUAGGGAAUAGGGUGCCAUUUUGAGUCAUUUGCUUGCACUUUACUUUUCCUACUAGCACUGAUUUUGCUGAUAACUUCUUUAUCAAGGAAGAAUUGACUUACUACGACUGUGAUAUGCGGUUGUCUCACCUAGCUACACUAAAGAGGGCUAAAAAGGGCACGACAACACCUUUUCCCCGUCAGGAGACUGAAAAGAUUUGGCAUGGGUCCCCAGAUCAUCAAAAAGUUCUACAGCUGCACCAUCGAGAGCAUCCUGACCGGUUGCAUCACCGCCUGGUAUGGCAACUGCUCGGCAUCUGACCGAAUGGUGCUACAGAGGGUAGUGCGUACAGCCCAGUACAUCACUGGGGCCAAGCUUCCUGCCAUCUAGGACCUAUAUACUAGGCGGUGUCAGAGGAAAGGCCAAAAAAUUGUCAAAGACUCCAGUCACCCAAGUCAUAGACUUUUCUCUCUGCUACCGCACGGCAAGCGGUACCGGAGCGCCAAGUAUAGGAACAAAAGGCUCCUUAACAGCUUCUACCCCCAAGCCACUGCUGUUUAUUAUCUAUGCAUAGUCACUUUAACCCUACCUACAUGUACAAAUUACUUCGACUAACCUGUACCCCCGCACAUUGACUCGGUACCGGUAGCCCCUGUAUAUAGCCUCGUUAUUGUUAUUUUAUUGUGUUACUUUUUAUUAUAAUUUUUACUUUAGUUUAUUUAGUAAAUAUUUUCUUAACUCUAUUUCUUGAAAUGCAUUGUUGGUUAAGGGCUUGUAGGUUGUAUUCGGCACAUGUGACAAAUAAAAUUGAUUUGAUUUGAUUUGAUCAUAUAUACAAAAGUAUGUGGACACCCUUUCAAAUUAGUGGAUUCGGCUAUUUCAGCCACACCCGUUGCUGACAGGUGUAUAAAAUCGAGCACACAGCCAUGCAAUCUCCAUAGACAAAUAUUGGCAGUAGAAUGGCCUUACUGAAGAGCUUAGUUACUUUCAACGUGGCAAGGUCACCAGAUGCCACCUUUCCAACAAGUCAGUUCGUCAAAUAUCGGCCCUGCUAGAGCUGCCCUGGUCAACUAUAAGUGCUGUUAUUGUGAAGUAGAAACGUCUAGGAGCAACAAUGGCUCAGUCGCGAAGUGGUAGGCCACACAAGCUCACAUAACGGGACCGGCGAGUGCUGAAGCGCUUAGCGCGUAAAAAUAAUCUGUCCUCAGUUGCAACACUCACUACCGAGUUCCAAACUGCCUCUGGAAGCAACGUCAGUACAAGAAAUGUUCGAUCACCAUGUGCAAUGUCUGCAGCAUUGAAAAAAAUAAGUAAUGUCUACAGCAUUGAAGGUCCCCAAGAACACAGUGGCCAUCAUUCUUAAAUGUAAGAUGUUUGGAACCACCAAGACUCUUCCUAGAGCUGGCCGCCCGGUCAAACUGAGCAAUCGGGGGAGAAAGGCCUUGGUCAGGGAGGUGACCAAGAACCUGAUGGUCACUCUGACAGAGCUCUAGAGUUCCUCUGUGGAGAUGGGAGAACUUUCCAUAAGGACAACCAUCUCUGCAGCACUCCACCAAUCAGGCCUUUGUGGUAGUGGCCAGACGGAAGCCACUCCUCAGUGAAAGGCACAUUACAGCUCACUUGGAGUUUGCCAAAAGGCACCUAAAGACUCUCAGACCAUCAGAAACAAGAUUAUCUGGUCUGAUGAAACCAAGAUUGAACUCUUUGGCCUGAAUGCCAAGUGUCACGUCUGGAGGAAACCUGGCACCAUCCCUACGGUGAAGCAUGGUGGUGGCAGCAUCAUGCUGUGGGGAUGUUUUUCAGCGGCAGGGACUGGGAGACUAGUCAGGAUCGAGGCAAAGAUGAACAGAGCAAAGUACAGAGAGAUCCUUGAUGGAAUACUGCUCCAUAGUGCUCAGGACCUCAGACUGGGGCGAAGGUUCACCUUCCAACAGGACAACUACCCUAAGCACACAGCCAAGACAACACAGGAGUGGCUUUGGGACAAGUCUCUGAAUGUCCUUGAGUGGCCCAGCCAGAGCCUGGACUUGAACCCGAUCAAACAUCUCUAGAGAGACCUGAAAAUAGCUGUGCAGCAACGCUCCCCAUCCAACCUGACAGAGCUUGAGAGGAUCUGCAGAGAAGAAUGGGAGAAACUCCCCAAAUAGAGGUGUGCCAAGCUUGUAGCGUCAUACCCAAGAAGACUUGAUUAUGUAAUCGCUGCCAAAGGUGCUUCAACAAAGUACUGAGUAAAGGGUCUGAAUACUUAUUUAAAUUUGAUAUUUCCUUUUUUUUUGCUUUGUCGUUAUGUGGUAUUGUGUGUAGAUUGAUGAGGGGAAAAAACAAUUUAAUCAAUUUUAGAAUAAGGCUGUAACGUAACAAAAUGUGGAAAAAGUCAAGGGGUCUGAAUACUUUCCGAUGGCACUGUAAAUAAUGACUUCCAAGGUUCAAAAUCAGAGUCAGCAAUGGUGGGGUUAGUUUGUAUUAUUGCCCAGACUUUAUUCUCUCCUAUUUUUGUAGACCUUCUGGUGUUGAGACAUAUUGAAACCUGCAGUCUGUGUGUUUUGGUCACUCACACUUCUUCACCGUGAAUUAGAAUGUGUAGGGAUUAUUUCAAUGCACAGUAUGUACAUACUGUGUAUCCAAUUUCAAACAUACAGUAUUCAAAGACAAACAGCCUUUUUAGGACAUGAACAGGAAUGCCAGCUAUGUGAUUCUGCUGGCAGGCUUUCAGCCCCAUGGAUAGCUCCCCACAGUAAUGCUUCCAUUGCGUUUAUCUUGUUGUUGCCUUUUGAUUUCCCUUGGAGACAUGUUUUUAGUUUUCUUUACAGUUUUUAUGCUGUCCAGUAGAUAUGGUCGUGAUGCUGAUAUAAUUUCCAUUGUUACUGCAUAUGUACCCUCCGUAAAUGCUUAUUUGUUGCCUCAGAAAAUCGAUAGCAAGCCCAAGGCAACAUUGCAUUAUUUUUAUGACUUACUUCCAUGUCAAAUCUAAUUGAAAAUGAAUCAUUUGUUGGAGUAAGGCAGGAGAGGAUAACAGCAAAUAUAUCAAGCAUAAGUGAUUUGUUCGCUUUUAUUCGAUCCCUGAUUGAUAGGACUGAUUGCAAUGCCCUUCCUCUCCUGGCUGUCCCUGACCUCAAAUUAUGAGUAGGCUGCCUACUACUCUUUUCAGACACAUUACACUUUCCCCAUUGUAUCCCCUGUGACUUCACACAGUAUUUCAUAGUCAGUUACUGUUAGGAACUCUGGGAACACACCUGCACAACUGUUAUUACAGUAACAGUACAGUGGCACAACAGUAGCAACGUUGUGUUACCUGUGUGCCUUUAUUUCCUCAGUGUGAGUUAAUAUAGCUUCUCUAUGUGGCUUAUGAGGGCUGUUGUUAGGGGGAUUACUCAGUGUUUCCUUGACACCCGUCCUCUCAGCACCUCUGAUUGGCAGCCCAGACACUAAUCCCUUAUUCACUAAACCCUGUUACCCUGGGUGCAUUCCAAAUGGCACCCUAUUCCCUACAUAGUGCACUACGUUUGAACAGGGCCCAUAGGGGCUCUGGUCAGGCCCAUAGGGCUCUGGUCAAAAGUAGUGUACUAUGUAGAGAAUAGGGUGCGAAAUGGGACACACACUCUCUGCCUCUAGAAGAGGAGGUGGUCCGCUGCUUCAUCCGAUCCACAAUCAGGCUGCUACAUCACUAGAUACAUAUCCCAGUUUCCACAUAAAAAGCACAUUUAUUAGAAUUUGUGAUAGACGCAGAGUAAGCCAUUGAAUGGCGGCAAUUCUGUAGCCCUUCUGAAUGUGUAGUAUGUACUAAUAUAGAGUUUCUAUGUCUGUGUAGGGGAGGUAGACGGGUGUCAUGCUGUGCAGCUACAGUGUUUGCAUCCUAAAUGGCACCUUAUUCCCUACAUAGUCUACUACUUUUGUUGAAAAAUAGUGCACUAUAUAGGGAAUAUGGUGCCAUUUGAGACGAGACCAAUAUACUUGUUCCCCGCUGUCAAGAGAACUGCAUGUGACUGGUUCUGUCAAGUGUUCAUGACACCCUGUCAUUCAACUGUCACUUCUGAAAAGACUGCAUUGUUUGUUUGUUGUGUGGGCGACAUAGCCUCCAACAUGCAGAUUUGUGGUCGCUGCCAACAGUAUUUUAAACAGAAUGAUACGAUGGAGAUGUAGACAAUUACUUUUUUUCUCACAAAUUGUAUCAAUUUCAGUCAAAGGGAAAGCAAAGAAUUCUUAUUUAAAGUAAUUGAUGGGUAGUAGUCAAUGACAGCCAACCCCUCUGGGUUGCUAGUUACUAGAGUAUAUCUAUUGUUACUGCAACGAGGCAUUAUAAUCAGACCUACUAAAUGAGGAAUUUAAAAUGUGCCCUCUAUUACAUUGCUUGUCAUUUGGAGUAUGAUCUACUAAGACAUGAGUCCAAAAUGAGUCCAAAAUGGCACCCUAUUCCCUACAUAGUGCACUACUUUUGACCGGAGCCCUAUGUGCUGUCUUAUAAAAAGCAUAUUGACGAGUUAAUUAAGAAGCUGAAAAUAAAAAUGGGCUUCUUCUAUAGAAAUAGCUAAAUAGUAGAAAGCAGACUAUUCAGUCGACGUUCCUAUCAGUCCUAGAUUAUGGCGACAUCAUCUACAUGAACGUAGCUGCCACUUCAUUAAAGCCGUUAGAUGCAAUUUAUCAUAGCGCACUGCGCUUUAUUACGGGCGACAAUUUUAGUACUCAUCACUCUAUUCUCUACCAGAAAGUUGGUUGGCCUUCUUUGAUGUUACAUAGGUUGAUACAUUGCUAUGUUUUCAUUUAUAAAGGCCUUUUUACAAAAAGUCACACUGUACCUAACAUCUUUACUUAACUUUAGACAUACGAGUUACCACACCCGUCUCAGGGUGUAAAUCAGCUUUUAGUGUUUUAUCUUCAAAAUGUUAUAAAAUGUAAUGUUUUGGUGAAUCUAGGCCAAUUCAGAAAGCAGAUUGAGGACCUUUUUACUGAUCAAUGUGUUUGUUUUUUAUGACUUUUUCUUUCUGCUUGCAUUUUGUAUUUAUAUUUUGAUGUGUAUAUUUUCUGUAAUUUAUGUAAUUCAGGGCUCAUCUGUAAAAGAGACCUUGGUCUCAGUAUGACUCCCUGAUAAAAUAAAGGUUUAAUAAAAUAGGUAAUUUGGGACGCAGCCUGGAAAAAAACGGCUGCCAGAAACUGUCUACUAGUUUUUGACAGAGAUAUCGCUUGACAUUCAUAUUUUCUGCCUAUAGUGAAUGGCGGAAGAGGGGAUAUUAGCGGGGCUAAUUUCCCAUACUGUCCUGUACUAUCUCAAAGUAUGUCCCUGUAUAUACCUACGUGUCUGUUGUGUCCAUGUUGAGAGUUGUUUGACAGCCUUAGCUGAGCUGUAGAUAACCACCGUGCAUCACCUCUCCAACCCAACGCACCUCCACUGUCUUUAAUGUGUGAUAAAAGCCGAGCACAUCUGGGUAUCGCUUUCAUUGUAUUACCCAGCUGAUCCCCCACAUCAGUUUAUGAGACUGUAAUCUCCUCCCUUACACAAUGACGGCCUAAACCGUUUAACCCCGCGGGGAGCAGGGAGCGUUGAUACAAGCGUCAGGCGAACACUGUUACUCUGAAAAAGAGUCUUCUCCGCAGCCUCCGAGCUCGAAAAGACCUACCCUGGUUUGUUAGAGGAGCAGCGUGUUCUGUUUUUUUUCAUCCCCCUGCUUUUCUUUUCUCCUUUGUCUCCCUAGCUAAUUACAUUUUGUCUUCUCCAAUCGACGGCUGAAACGCAGACAAUCUUAUCAGGGGCUGUGCAAGCGGUUUGAAAGACGGUGAUUGAAGCACUCUGUAUUUACAAGUAUUUCCAAUGCAGACAGACCUUUCAUGGUCUUAAUUGCGAGGAGCAGUUUUCGGUAGCCCCUCCCUCCCAACACGUCCUGAAUUUACCCCCCUAACCCCCCCCACCCCCUUAAUGUUUACACCAUGGAGAAGCUUAGGACGAAUUACCAUGAUACUGUACCUGAUCAUGGCUCUAGAGCUGUCUGUCUGUCUGAUGACAUGGGUUUAGUUUUCUGCUCCAGUGUGUAGAUAGGAAGGCUUUUGAGAUCCAUUGAAAUAGAGUAGGUCUACAACAUAGGCAUGAAUUGUUUUGUAUUUUAUUUGAUCUAUUCUAGACAGUGAAUGACAAUCACAAAAUAUUCUAUAUUCUGGGGGCACCCUGCUCCAUCCCUCCCCUCUAAAUGUUUCUGUAUGUAAUUACCUUUCCAUUUCCAGUUCAUUACCUUUUGUUUGGUUAUUUAGUUAUGUGGGUUCUCUCCCCUUUGUCUGCUCAGUCGUACAUGGAGGACCACUUGAAGAACAAGAACCGUCUGGAGAGGGAGUGGGAGGCGAUGUGUGGCUACCUGGCUGAGCCCGGCGCCUGUAAAGUGGGCCAGGACAAACACAACACCAAGAGGAACCGCGCCGAUGCCGUGGUCGUCUGUGAGUAUUUUUACACCUCUCUGACCGUGUGGUCAUGUAUGACCGCAGUCUGACCACAUCUCUCAGUAGUCGAUCACUAGGUUAUUCCUGUGUUAUUCAUGACCAUGUGAUCUGACCAAGAAAAACAGUAUUUUCAAUUCCAUAGAAUUUAUCAGUAAUUAAAUGUUUCAGUCGUGGAAAAGCAAAAAAAUGUGUGGUGACUUAUGUAUUUCUAUUACAGAUGAUCAUUCCAGAAUAACCUUGAAGGCCGAGAAUAACCAUGGCAACUCCGAUUAUAUCAAUGCUAGCCCAAUUGUGAGUAGCAGUCCACAUCCCAUACUCCUUCACUUUAUGUUUCUUUUAAGCUUUAUUGUUGCAACUCUACACAAAGACCAGUUGAGGUUGGAUUAUAUUUUGAAAUUCAAUUUGUUUUUGUGAAUUGUCAUACAUUUUCCCGUUGAUCCGUUUGCCUUUGUUCCUCCACACUUUGCCCCUCAAUGAAUUUGCCGUGUCUUGUGAAAUAAUAGUUUGUCACCUUCCCUGUUUUGAAAUGGCUGCUCUCUUGAGAUAACAGCUCUGCUUUAAUGUACUCUUUCCAGAAGAAUGGUGGUGUAUUAUUAUUUACACUCAAUAAUGUGUCCCCAGAACAAAUCCAAAACGACUCAAAUAUCAGAAAGGUUCAGCGUUAUAUUCCUGUAUUAAAAAAAAAAACUAUUUGGAGAGAUGGACUAAAAGCAUAUUACUGAACACCAGUGCUUGACUUGGGCAGGAGCUCACCAGAGCUGUCAUGGGUGGCACUCUGGGAAAUAUUUUAAUAAGGCUUUACACUAAGCAGUGUGUUAAUUUAACACUGUUCCGGUGUCUAUAGGGGUCCACAGACUCAACACUUUCAGUGUUGAUUUAACACUUUCAGUGUUUUGUAGUUGUUUUUACACUGUUGACCACAUCUAUUUAUUGUAUUUCCUGCAUUUUAAUGCAUUCAUAAUGUAUUAAGUAAUAAUGAUAUCAUACUUUCAUUAUAACAAUCUAUACGUAUUACUGCUUCUGAAGUCAUAGUAUUUUGAGUGAUAAGACCCUUUCAACUUCUACUUAUCUGUGUUGUUGUUGGGCUGAAUCUCGUAUCUCUCCUCCCUAUUUCUCUCUGUGUUUGAUAAGAACAACUUCUGCAAGAUUGUCCUUUAAAGAUAUGUUAUGAUCAAUUUCUCCAUUUGCAUUUCUCCAAUAUUAGAACGUCAAACCAAUUGAUCUCUUUCCUGUAUUUGCGUUUCCUUUCAAAGUGGAAAACAAUUAAAUGACAAGUGGAGUUGUCAUUUGGAGUCGUUUCUCCACUCCUCCAUGUUGCCAUUAGUAGUCAGAGUGGGUUAUGCUGUGCUUGGUGCAGAGCAGAGUAGACACAGUAAUCAGUGAUCCAGCGCUGUACGGAUGAAAGCAUGGUAAUUACGCCACAACAGGACCCCUGGCUGAGCCCUGCGAAACUACCAUAAUUACGUCUGUCAACACACCCUCUUCCUCCUCAUUAGCCCAAGGGAAAUGGCCCACAAGUAAAUCAUUUGUCAUCUUUUUCUUGGAAUGUGGGGUUCGAGUGGUAAUGGGGUGGUAAGGGGGGCAUCCACUCUACCCCCACAGUCAUGGCGGGGUGACACAAAAAAUUACCUUAGACACGCAUUAUGCCCCGAUGCUCCUCCAAACUUCUUCAGCUCAGGUCAACAGACGAUUGGGCACCCACAAUAUACAGUGUCAUUGGUGUGAGGUUUAGCUGAAAGGAAUCCAGCACGUAGUGUCUGCGUUCUAAAUUGCACUCUAUUCCCUAAAUAGCACUACUUUUAACCAUAGCCCUAUGGGCCCUGGUCAAAAGUAGUGCACUAUAUAGGGAUAGGGUGCCAUUUGGGACACUGCCAGAUAAUAGUACCAGGACGUGCUGUAGAGACACAGUAGAUUGUCUUUAAUGGACGUCUUCUCUUCUUUUAUGAACUUCUUUCUUUAUGAGAUUUCAUAGUAGUUAUAUUAGCACUGACUAGGAGAGAUGAUUAUAGAGGUUUAAUUAAAUUCUAAUCACUUUGACUACAGAUGUGCAGCAUAAGCUAUGGAAGCGUAUAGCUCUUCCAUAAUAUGAAGCUAGCUAACAUGGGCCAUUAAAAUGCACCUGGCUUUACAAAUACAUUUUGUAAGAUUGCCUGGAAUUCCUGUUGCCUAGCCGUGUUAUUCAAAAUGGCAUUUCUGGAGAAGAACUAAAGAAAUGAAUGCCCUUUUCCAUUCUAUGCGCUAACACCUCAGUUAGGUAGCAGUGCUUUGUUAGCAUCACACUCUCCUGCCUAGUUGAAAUUUCACAGAUGGCUUUUUUUUAUCCUGACAGAAAUGAAAGACUUGAUGCUAAAAGCUAUAGGCCCCAGCUCCCUGUUAGGCAAUCUCAAGGACACAGACAUACAGUAGCUAUGCGCUGCCUGACAUCACUGUAUGAAUACUAAAGGCAGGACAUGAAAAGAUGGCCUCCGUAUUUCAGCUUCUCUCCUGCUCUUCUCUCUCUGUUGGUGGGAAAGCUAGAUAGACCUUGGGAAAACAGCAUCUUUACCAAAUAAAAGCUGUUUGGUUUGAGGUUUGAGGAAAAAAAAUCUAACAGAAUAUUAAAGUCGGGUAUAACUGAGACCAUUACCGACACCAUAGAGGCCCUGGUCAAAAGUAGUGCACUAUAUAGGGAAUAGGAUGCCAUUUGGGAUGAACACAUGCAAGAUCAAUACCACCAACAUCAUGAACAACAACCUAAUUAUGAAGAAUAAAUAAGCUCUGGACUUGUGUCUCAAAUGGCACCCUAUCCCUAUAUAGUGCACUACUUUUGACCAGAGCCAUAUGGGCCCUGGUCAAAAGUAGUGUACUAUACAGGGAAUAGGGUGCCUUUAGGGACUCAGCUUCUGUCUCCACUCUGUUAUUGCUCCAGCCCUAAAUGGCUCCCUGUAAGUGCUGCACAAUUGCACCCAUUUCCAUAGUAAUGGGUGUGGAUGUCAGUCAUUGGAGUGUCAUCCAGUGGAUAUUCAGGACUGAUUUCCGUGCAACACAAAGGUUUAUCACUGUCUUCUUCUCUAUAUUAAGAGAUAUACUUAUCUCAAUGCAAGACUAUUGUAUGAAACUGUUGUAUUGUAUGAACCUUUGCAGUAUGAAAGCACGGGAACAUAAAAGGGCUAUGAUUCAUUUCAUACAAAACAGAACUCGACUGUGCAAAAAUAUACCGUAAUAUCAUGUUUACCCUCAAAAAUACAGAACAACCAUUUUUUUUUUGCACAUUGCAAAAUGGAGCCCUGAAAGUACAAAUGCCCAAUGAACUGAAGUGCACUGAUUCGGCUGGUUAGCUCUGGUUAGCACAGGCUGCCCACGUUAAAUGGGAACCAAAGUGUUUAUUUGGGGAAUACAAAUUCUGUUGCACCCCUUCAUUACACAUUCAUGUUGCUUGAAGUGUGUUUGACUGAUGAUCUCGCCGAAAUAACUAGCCUCUAAUCAGCCGAAAUAUAAAAAACCUAUCUUCUGUAAUGAAACAAUGGCUUUGUCUGUGUGUUACAAAAUGGCUGAAAUUCCAAAGGGUUUACUCAUGUCUUCUCUAUUCUACUUCUCCUUUUAACAAUAGCCAUGACUAAUGCUCAUGUGCAAUUUGGCUUGAAAUAUCUAAUAUUUUGUAAACGCUAUUUGUUCCCUUUUGUUCAUUGGCUUUCUCAGACUAAUAUGAAUAGACAGACAGUAAAGGCCAGGGUCUUGUUCUGUGGAGCUGGAUGUAGAGCUGGUAUCAAGCCCAUUAUGUUGAAUCUUUAAUAUAAAACAGAACUUCAGGGGCAAUUGCAGAACUCCUUCUAUCCUUUCCUCUGCCCUCUGUAUCUCUGGGUUCUGCAUGCCAACACUCCACACACACACACACACACACACACACACACACACACACACACACACACACACACACACACACACACACACACACACAUACACACACACACACACACACACACACAGAGAGAGAGAGACACCCCGAUCGCCUCUUCUAUAGGCCCCUGUGACAUUCUCUGACUAGCAUCAAUAAUAUGUUGGAGAGACGAUGUAAUUUCCUUUAAACAUGGUCUUCCUCUAAUCAGAAGCAUUAAAGAAUAGCCAUGCCUGGAGGAUAGAGAGGGGGGAAAGGUAACAGAGGGAGGCGAGAGAGAGAAGUGGAUGGAGUGAAGAAGUAAAUGUGAAAACAGAAAUGGAGACCCGGACGGCCAUAGAAGAGAAAAGGCGGGAGCACAACCCUUAGAUUAUCAGAGAGAAUGCAUGGACUGCUGUUACACUGUCUUGAUAAGCUAGCUCUAACUGUAGAGACAGGGCUUGCGUCCCAAAUGGCACCCUAUUCCCUAAAUAGUGCACUACUGUAUAUAGGGAAUAGGGUGCCAUUUGGUACACAGGCAGUAUGUACACAGGCAGUUCACCCAGUCUUCACACACAACUCUUGUUCUUCUUCCCGUCUUUUGCCAGAUGGACCAUGACCCGAGGAACCCCAUGUACAUCUCUUCACAAGGCCCUCUACCCUCCACCGUGGCUGACUUCUGGCAGGUAAACCAUAAAAUGAUCGGUGACGUCAUUUUGAAUACUGAAUAGCUCCCUAUGUGUUUAUGCUAGAGACUUGCUGUUUCUUGUAGUGAUAUGAAGUUUGCGCCUAUUGCAUAACAUGGGGCUUGUGAAAGUGGCUUUUUUCUACACGAACACGAAGGUGUUGGUUGUUCUGCUCUACCAUGCACACAAGCUUCAGGGGAGUCGUCUGAAGGUAACCCAGUACCAGGCGCUUAUUUAUUUUGUUGAGUUUUCUUAUGUCUCUUGGCAUUCUCUCAACUAACUUCAUGAGGUAGUCACCUGGAAUGCAUUUUAAUUAACAGGUGUGCCUUCUUAAAAGUUAAUUUGUGGAAUUGAUUUCCUACUUAAUGCGUUUGAGCCAAUCAGUUGUGUUGUGACAAGGUAGGGGGGGUAUACAGAAGAUAGCCCUAUUUGGUAAAAGAUCAAGUCCAUAUUAUGGCAAGAACAGCUCAAAUAAGCAAAGAGAAAUGACAGUCCAUCAUUACUUUAAGACAUGAAGGAUAGUCAAUACGGAACAUUUCAAUAACUUUUAAAGUUUCUUCAAGUGCAGUCACAAAAACCAUCAAGCGCAAUGAUGAAACUGGCUCUCAUGAGGACCACCACAGGAGUGGAAGACCCAGAGUUACCUCUGCUGCAGAGGAUACGUUCAUUAGAGUUACCAGCCUCAGAACUUGCAGCCCAAAUAAAUGCUUCACAGAGUUCAAGUAACAGACACAUCUCAACAUCAACUGUUCAGAGGGGACUGUGUGAAUCAGGCCUUCAUGGUCGAAUUGCUGCAAAGAAACCACUACUAAAGGACACCAAUAAUAAGAAGAGACCUGCUUGGACCAAGAAACACGAGCAAUGGACAUUAGACAGUGGAAAUCUGUCCUUUGGUCUGGAGUCCAAAUUGGAGAUUUUUGGUUCCAACCACCGUGUCUUUGUGAGACGUGGUGUGGGUGAACGGAUGAUUUCCCACACCGAUUUGUAUUUCCCACUGUAAAGCUUGGAGGAGGAGGUGUUAUGGUGUGGGGGUGCUUUGCUGGUGACACUGUCUGUGAUUUAUUUAGAAUUCAAGACACACUUAACCAGCAUGGCUACCACAGCCUUCUAUAGCGAUACGCCAUCACAUCUGGUUUGGGCUUAGUGGGACUAUCAUUUGUUUUUCAACAGGACAAUGACCCAACAGACCUCCAGGCUGUGUAAGGGCUAUUUUACCAAGAAGGAGAGUGAUGGAGUGCUGCAUCAGAUGACCUGGCCUACACAAUCCCCUGACCUCAACCCAAUUGAGAUGGUUUGGGAUGAGUCGGACGGCAGAGUGAAGGAAAAGCAGCCAACAAGUGCUCAGCAUAUGUGGGAACUCCUUCAAGACUGUUGGAAAAGCAUUCCAGGUGAAGCUGGUUGAGAGAAUGCCAAGAGUGUGCAAAGCUGUCAUCAAGGCAAAUGGUGGCUAUUUGAAGAAUCUCAAAUAUAAAAUAUAUUUUGAUUUGUUUAACACUUUUUUGUUUACUACAUGAUUCCAUAAGUGUUAUUUCAUAGUUUUGAUGUCUUCAGUAUUAUUCUACAAUGUAGAAAUAGUAAAAAUAAAGAAAAACCCUUGAAUGAGUAGGUGUGUCCAAACUUUUGACUGGUACUGUAUAUAUUUUUUAUACCAACAGGGGUCCUAAAAUUCUAAAUCAAAUGGCUGAAUUAUACAUUUUAUUACCAUCUUAAAACAAUUCCAUAUGUUAGCUUAGUAGAUAUUGCAAUAUAAGUGCUUAGACUUACAGAGGUUAAUGAAACUAUGAAAUGUACAUAGGUUGACUACAGGAUUGUUUUCUUUUUCAGUUAAUUAUUACGAUUGUCCUCAUGUAACAAGGUUUGUUGCAUUAUGAUACAUCAAAAGAAAUGACAGUAGCCUACACCUCUGUGAAUAUGAAUACAAGGGAGAUUUGCCAGCUUGCCAUUUAGACCUGAAGUUACCUUCAGCUAUUCUGGGAACCCGGCAAUGCUUUGCUGCCUCAGAUUUAUGCCGGGUUACCAAAUGGUGCUAUUAUGCAUUAAUGUGAAAGCACCCCAGUCAUUAGGAUGGCCAUUGCUCCCAUAGAGUCGAAUUAAUGCAUCAGCUGUGGUACUGUUGUGUCUGUAAUAUGAAAGCAUGGACCAGAGACACGCACAGCCUUCGUCCCAAAUGGCACCCUAUUCCCUUUAUAGUGCACUGGUCAAAAGUAGUGCACUAUAUAGGUAAUAGGGUGUCAUUGGAUACACAGCCAUAGACCAGCUGGCCCCUUUACUCCCCCUGUUGAGCUGAAGGUACACUAACAGUAGGUCCAUACAUGUCAUUAUGGAGUCUGUACUCCUGUAAUGCCACACAGAAGGAAAGGUUUUCAUUAUUGAGAAAGCAGAUGUCAUUUUAAAAGAGAUGCUUGUUAAUGGUGUCUUUCUGACGCAAAUUGUGUGUGUGUGUGUGUGUGUGUGUGUGUGUGUGUGUAUAUGCGUGCAUUUGUGUGCGUCUGUGUGUGUGUGUGAGUGGUGUCAUGUUAGAUGGUUGGUUUGUAACACAGCAAUUAUGCUUUUAUCAAGCCAUUAUGCUUUCCCUUUGUUUAAAGUGCACCUUGAUUGAAUACACCAUUUUGAAAUGGCUUUUGUUAAUGUGCUGUCCUUACUCUUUAAUGGAACAUUUUUAAGCACCUCAUGAAAAAGUUGCUUAUUGUUUGCUUGUUUGUUUGUUUUUCAUUUCAUCAAGUGAAUAAAUAACAUAUCCAUUAUCAAAAUGUAAUUCAAACCAUUUACAGCUGAAUAUUUGGCUUAGAUUACACUAAAACUAGCUUAUCGCAACUUGCAAAUAAUUGAAAAUCAAAACUACAGUAUACCCAGAGUGAUGGACUUGAAAAGAUUGCAAUAAGUAAUGAGUCUUUCAACUUUCAAUAUAGUUACAUUGGCCUUGGAUGUACUUAAAAACUCUUUCCAAAUAAACUAACAGAAAAACAUGUAAAUAAGAGGCGAGGUGCAGGAGACGAGGAGUCUUUAGCUUUGGUCUGUCUAAUCCGCAUUGGGCUCCUGCAGCACUCUGAAAGGCUCUCUCUAAUCCUCCCCUCCCAUUCUCCCUCCCUCCUUUCCCUCGCUACGUACCCUCGUACCCCCAGCCCUCCACCUUCCCUCCUUUCCUCUGUCCCCAGCCAUUACCUCUGCUCAACCAUGGCCUCACCCGCUCUGCUCUCUCUCUCUCCCUCUGCUACUCUCUCUCUCUCUCUUUCUCCCUCUCUUAUCCUCCCUCUUGUCUCUCCCUCCCCCUCUGCUCUCUCUCCCCCUGUACUCUCUCUCUCCCCCUCUGCUCACUCCUUAGAGUUCAGGGAAUAAACCAGUCACCGUGAGGGUUCAAAGAGCUAAACAGGGAUCUUGACUUGGUUCUCUUUUUAUUCUCUGCUUGUGUGCUCAAUAAUGGAGAGGGAUGUCUAGUCACUAAAUUACUUUAGAAGUUAAUUAAAUAAAAAGUAUAUAUUGAAUUCAUUUGUUUAUUCUACACUCUUCGGGAAAAAAGGGUUCUAAAAGGAUUUUUCGGCUGUCCCCAUAGGAGAACCCUUUUUGGUUUCAGGUAGAACCCUUUUGGGUUCCAUGUAGAACCCUCUGUGGAAAGGGUUCUUCAUGGAAACGAAAAGGGUUCUACCUGGAUCCAAAAGGGUUCUUCAAAGUGUUCCCCUAUGGGGACAGCUGAAGAACCAUUUUAGGUUUUAAAUAGCACCUUCUUUUCUUAGAGUGUAUCUGUCAGUAUUUGCAAAUUAGUAAAACAAAUGAGACAAAUAAAACUGAUUAUUUCAUUUGAUGCCUCUUCUUUGGUACUUCUACCAACGUGCCUAGACGUGGGCACAGUUGGCUUGUAAUGACACUGCUGGGCUGAAUCACAGAGGUACACUCUCAGAAAAAAGGGUUCCAAAAGGGUUCUUCGGCUUUCCCCAUAGGAGGACCCUUUUUGGUUCGAAGUAGAACCCUUUUUGGUUCCAUGUAGAACCCUCUGUGGAAAGGGUUCUACAUUGAACCCAAAAGGGUUCUAUCUUGAACCAAAAGGGUUCUUCAAAGGGUUCUCCUAUGGGGACAGUCGAAGAAACCUUUUAGGUUCUAGAUAGCACCUUCUUUUGUUAUUGUUUACAGGCAGGACCAUUGUAUUUUUAUUGUUCUCAUAAAACCAGUGUUUCUUCCUCAUUUUCCUAAUGGCUGUACUGGGCCUUUCUACCUUCCAAGGAGAUAUUAGAUUGUGAUAAGAUGAAAUGGAGUGAAUCAGUUGAGCUAGCUCAGUUGGCAGGGAGAGUGAGGGGCACACGGAGGCGCUGUGUGACUUCCUCUGAACUACUGUACAGUAGUACAGCUCAACUGAUCACACGUCAGUGGUGGUGCAGACCAAUAACGUUCACUCACACAAUCCUGUACAUCGUAUAAUAACGUAUCUAUCCUGCUGAAUGACUAACAUUGAUUUAAUUUCAAUAGCAUAACAUCAAUCAAUCUCAAUGCGUCAUUAUACAGUUCUUCUUGUGCUGUCAAUGUUCUGUGGGACCUUUCUGUAUUAACUACUACUGUAUUGACUCAUAGUGUAUUGACUCAUACUAUAUUAACUCAUACUGUAUUGACUCACAGUGUAUUAACUCCUACUGUAUUAACUGCUACUGUAUUAACACCUACUGUAUUUACUCAUAGCAUAUUGACUCAUAGUGUAUUAACUCCUACUGUAUUGACUCAUACUGUAUUGACUCCUACUGUAUUAACUCCUACUGUAUUAGCGCCUACUGUAUUGACUCCUACUGUAUUAACUCCUACUGUAUUGACUCAUAUUGUAUGAGUGCCCUGUCUUUGUUAAUAUGACUAGAUUUGAGCCCUCCUAUGUUCCCUUGUGUCUUCAGAUGGUGUGGGAGAGUGGAUGUGUGGUCAUCGUCAUGCUAACGCCCCUGUCUGAAAAUGGAGUCAAACAGUGUCAACAGUACUGGCCGGACGAGGGCUUCAAUGUCUACCAUGUAUAUGAGGUAAAACAAUUGUCCUUGUUUAGGAUGUUAUUUAUUUGUUUAAGAUAUUAUUCAUCUGAAUUUUUAUGAAAUGGUGUCCUUCCACAUAUCUGUUUGUAGUUGAUUUGGUCCAGGGGUAUCACUCAGAGAGAGUUAGUCUACAGUAAUUGAUAUACAGGUAACUGCCAAAAUAAAGGAAACACUUGAGUAAAUGAGGGAUACAAAGUAUAUUGAUAGCAGGUGCUUCCACACAGGUGUGGUUCCUGAGUUAUUAAGCAAUUAACAUCCCAUCAUGCUUACAUGCAAACCUUAUUGGCCAAGUUGCGUGCACUGAGCGUGCAAAAUAAAUGUACACAUAUGUUACUUAAUCAUUUCCCCCCACACCGUUCGCACGCGUGAACGAGCAUCUGCAUAGCCAAGCGUUAAAAUAGAACUUGGUUCUAUUUGAGACACGCCACGAGCUGCAAGUCCCCUCCUUAUUGGAUACACCCGCCCACCCGACUAGAAUCACCACUCUCGACGGGUCUGACCUAGAGUAUGUGGACAACUACAAAUACCUAGGUGUCUGGUUAGACUGUAAACUCUCCUUCCAGACUCACAUUAAGAAUCUCCAAUCCAAAGUUAAAUCUAGAAUCGGCUUCCUAUUUCGCAACAAAGCCUCCUUCACUCAUGCUGCCAAACAUGCCCUCGUAAAACGGACUAUCCUACCGAUCCUUGACUUCGGCGAUGUCAUUUACAAAAUAGCCUCCAACACUCUACUCAGCAAAUUGGAUGUAGUCUAUCACAGUGCCAUCCGUUUUGUCUCCAAAGCCCCAUACACUACCCACCACUGUGACCUGUACGCUCUUGUUGGCUGGUCCUCACUACAUGUUCGUCGUCAAACCCACUGGCUCCAGGCCAUCUAUAAAUCACUGCUAGGCAAAUCCCCGCCUUAUCUUAGCUCAUUGGUCACCAUAGCAGCACCCAUCCGUAGUCUGCGCUCCAGCAGGUAUAUCUCACUGGUCAUUCCCAGAGCCAACACCUCCUUUGGCCGCCAUUCCUUCCAGUUCUCUGCUGCCAAUGACUGGAACGAAUUGCAAAAAUCUCUGAAGCUGGAGACUCUUAUCUCCCUCACUAACUUUAAGCAUCAGUUGUCAGAGCACCUUACUGAUCACUGCACCUGUACACAGCCCAUCUGAAAUUAGCCCACCCAACUACCUCAUCCCUAUAUUGUUAUUUAUUUUGCUCUUUUGCACCCCAGUAUCUCUAUUUGCACAUAAUCUCUUGCACAUCUAGCAUUCCAGUGUUAAUACUAAUUGUAAUUAUUUUGCACUAUAGCCUAUUUAUUGCCUUACCUCCAUAACGUGCUACAUUUGCACACACUGUAUAUAUAUUUUCUGUUGUAUUUUUUGACUUUAUGUUUUUUUUACCCCAUAUGUAACUCUGUGUUGUUGUUUUUAUCGCACUGCUUUGCUUUAUCUUGGCCAGGUCGCAGUUGUAAAUGAGAACUUGUUCUCAACUGGCUUACCUGGUUAAAUAAAGGUGAAAAAAAGAAAAAAGAAAAAGAAAAAUCCCACAUGGUUGCUUGAAAACGAACGAGGAGAUAUUAAUCAAAGAUAACUAACUAAAAACUAACUAGGUUUCCCUUUUUAUCUGUGGAUUUAUCGUCAGAAUAGAGAAACACAUGAUUGUUGUAUGAUCCAGGUCAAAAUUCUACAAAGAACCAGCUAAAAAGGGGACCAUGAUCAGGUUAAAUAACAACUCAAUGUUCAUCUCCCAUGACAAACUACUAGCAACAGCUAUCUAGCUUAAUGUCCAUGAAUGUUUCAUGUGUGUUUCAACCUGUCCCCAAAUUAAUAUAGUUGGUGUCGUGAUCGUGUCUGGUGGGUAUAGACAAAAUCAACAUGCACAUGAUGGUGCACGCGGACGCACACGCGUAACCGGUGUAGUCAGCAUGUUAUGGUCAUGUAUAAAAAUGCUGGGCAGGCCAUUAUUUUGGCUACCAUGGCUAUGCCCCCAUAGGAUGACAAUGCCCCCAUCCACAGGGCAUGAAUGGUCACUGAACGGUUUGAUGAGCAUGAAAACUAUGUAAACCAUAUGCCAUGGCCGUCUCAGUCACCAGAUCUCAACCCAAUUGAACACUUAUGGGACGUUCUGGAGCGGCGCCUGAGACAGCGUUUUCCACCACAAUCAAAUGAUGGAAGAAUGGCGUUGCAUCCUUCCAAUAGAGUUCCAGACACUUGUAGAAUCUUUGCCAAGGUGCAUUGAAGCUGUUCUGGCUCGUGGUAGCCCAAUGCCCUAUUAAGACACUUUAUGUUGGUGUUUCCUUUAUUUUGGCAGUUACCUGUGCCUGGUAAUACUGUAGUUCUCACCACAGAAAUAGAAUCACUAGAAGGGACAUCUCUAUUCAAGUCAAUAAUGCCAUAAUGGGUGUACCCAUGAGUUUACUUGUCAAAUUGCCAUGGCCAGAGGUUUUAAGAACGUUUGGUUGAUUCUAUUUCUAUUGUCUCACUCCCAUCCCUUGUCUAUGCAGGUGAACCUGGUAUCAGAACACAUCUGGUGUGAGGACUUCCUGGUCAGGAGUUUCUACCUGAAGAACCUGCAGACCAACGAGACGCGCACCGUCACGCAGUUCCACUUCCUUUCCUGGGUGGACCGCAGCAUCCCUGACUCAGCCAGGAUCAUGCUGGACUUCCGCAGGUAGGCCACCUGUCCCCGUCUGACCAACGGCUGCUCCUUUUGUCUCUUGUAACUUUCCCAAAAUUCCCAGGUUUUCCAGAAAUCCCACGUGGAGGUUUCCAGAUUUCUUGCUUAUUCCCUCCUGAUUCUGGGAAUCUUCCAACCAGGAUUUUUGGGGAUUUUUGCAAAGUUACCAGAAUUUUGCAACCUUAGGGGUUAGCUUGUGAUAUGAUAACGCUCCUUUUGUUGCUGCCCUGCUUCCACUUGUCUACCUGUUCUCUCCGCUGAUCUUUUCCCUUUAACUCCUGUAGAGAAUGGCUUUAUAUGGUUGUUCCUGUAAGACUUAUGUUUCUGCACUACUUCUUUGAUCGUAGGGCUAUUUUCUCUCCUCUGCUCAUGCAAGGCAGCAAAUUAACCGUCCUCAUGGCAUGGCUUGAAAAAUCUUAAUUCAAACAGCCAAUUAAAUGGUAAACGUCAAGCUGAAAAACCUAGGUGAAUGGAAGGGAAAGCCAAUGACUGUCUAAUCUCUCCUCCAUGUUCUUCAUCUGAUGUAUGCUGGCAGAGGAGCCGCAAUAGGCCCCCAGGGAAACACCCUGAAAGGAAUUGGAAAUCCCACUCCAAAUGAGAAUAUGUGCCUUCAGAUGUGUGGAUGGAUGGAAUUCUAACCUCCUUCUUCACAAUUUAGACCAGAAAAAAUUAAGUUAAGAAUUGUUUUGUUCUUCUGUGAUUUUUUUCUUCUCCUAUUUGUGCUGUAUUUCAGACUGAAGUGCAAAAUAAUGAUGUCCAAGAAAGGCACUAAUUCUUUAUCCUAUCAUCUGAAACCUCUCUGACCUCUACUGGUGCUGAAAGCUCGUACCUACACUCUAAAACAUGCUGGGUUGUUUGGUUGACCCAACUGCUGUGUUGCAGGCAUUGGGUCACUUAGUUGGGUUGUUUUCUUUAAUAACUACUGGGUUAUUGAUGCUGGGUGCUGGGUUAUUGAGAUAUGCCCCAGCGGGUCAGAUCUGAAGACUGGAGGCGUAGUUUAGUAGGGGUGAGGCUUUCAGCUAGUUAUUUUUAUCCACCCAUGAGAAUAAAUGUUAUUCCUGUUAAUUUGACAUUUUAGUCAUUUAGCAGACACUCUUAUCCAGAGCGACUUACAGUUAGUGAGUGCAUACAUUUUCAUACUGGCCCCCCGUAGGAAACGAACCCACAACCCACAAAUGGGAACAUUUGAAUUUGUAUUAUGUGAACUUAACAUAAUGAACAGAAUGACAUUUACUCUCACGAGUGGCCAAUAAGAUCUAGCUGAAAGCCACACCCUAAUACGCCAUGCCUCCUCAAAGUAACCUAAGGAUUACUUUAAAAAAGACCCAGCUGCUAGGUCAACCCAGCAUGAGAGUAAGAAAUACCCAACUGAUGGUUAAAUUAACCCAUGUUUGGGGUAAUCCCAACAACCCAACUUGUUGGGUUAUUCAAGCAACCCAACUGGCUGAGUCAAAAUACUGAGUUUGCUUCAUGUUUUAUAACAAAUACAGAACUCAGCUGUGGCAGGGCUUGCUCAUUGGCUGGUAUGUUGGAUGUCCAUCUAAUUGGAGAAGCUAUGCAGGUUAGAGAGAGCUCACCAUGCUAAAAGGGUAAUUGCUAUCACACUAGAGGUCAUUUGGUAUCCAGCUCUCUCACUACGGUAGGGGCCUCAUGUAGAGGAGGUGAGUAGGAUUCGCGCUCUCAUGAUAAGGUAGCCUUACCUGCGACUUCAAAAUCAGUGUCACCCUCAGCCCAUGAGGAAAUGUCCUCUUGGUCUAAUGAUUAAGACGUUGGUUUCCAGAGCAGGAGAUCAGGGUUCAGAUCCCACCCGUGACCCUCAUAACCACAAUGCACCACUCAUGUAGCGGUUUUGGCCAACUAAGAAAUUAGCGGUUGCCAGUGUCAUUUUUGUGAUGUUGCAGCUAGUAAUAUGAGCCCAGUUGCAUAGUCACAAAAGUGAUCAUUGGAAACCGUGUCUCUUCAGCCAGGCCUGUGCACACACUUUCUCUCUCUCCGCUCCUCUCACUUUCACUUUUCCACCCCUUUGGUUUGCAUAAUAACUCCCACCUACUCUGUUCACUCUCAAACUACUCAAAAUGUCUGGUUUGUUUGAUGAAUUACCUGUAAAAUGCAUUUUAUUUUCAUCCUACUUUUUUUUUGUUUUUCUUUCACAAACAAAUGUUCCUUCUUAUUAUUCAAAAAGUGUUUAGGUCUUAUUAAUUGAAAUGUUAAUUUAAAAAUAUGUAAUGAAUGGAGUAUGGUUCGUUUUAAAUGUAUACUAGGUCACAACGAUUAUAUGCUACUGUAUAUCACAUACAAUGCUAGUAUUUCAUAAAUUACUGUAUAUAUUUAUUUUACUAGGCAAGUCAAUUAAGAACAAAUUCUUAUUUACAAUGACGGCCUACACCAGCCAAACCUGGGCCAAUUGUGCGCCGCCCUAUGGUACUCCCAAUCACGGCCUGUUGUGAUACAGCCUGGAAUUGAACCAGGGGGUCUGUAGUGACGCCUCAAGCACUGAGAUGCAGUGCCUUAGACCGCUGCGCCACUCGGGAGCCCAAAUGAUAAUAUUCCUGUGUAGGGUUAGACAUUUUUUUUUCUUUUUAAAUUUAAUUGAAGUUAGAAAAAAACAGAACCGAUGUAGCCAGUAGUUUCCAUGGCAAUAGACGGCUAGUUGGCUCCCACUGUGUGUCUGUGGUGUGUAACAUUCAUAAUUGUGCAAGGUUAAUGCGUCGCGGAUCACGACAUCUCACCACCGCAUCCAUCACGGCAGUAAAUACAUGUCACAAUAUGGUGUUUUAAAUUACCCUUCAUUCAUUCUCAUUGUUCAACAUGGAAUACUUUUGUCCUCACAUUAUUUUGAUUGGCAAAGGUAAGGUUCAAACAUUACUGAAUUACAGAAUUUUUGUUUCAUCCUUUUUUAUUGCCUCUAAAAGUAUAAACUGAAUUUUUCCUCAUCAAUGAAAUACAGUAAGCAGCAUGUGACCCUUUUUUGUGAGUCAUCUACAUAUUUGAUUUGGUGAUGUACAAUAUACUAUAUGUCUUUUAUCUAGCAGAAUUUAGCAGAUGUGCUCCUAUAUUGUUUUGAAGUGUGACAUUAAUAGCAGACUCUCUUCUGUUUCAUUACAGAAAGGUUAACAAGUGCUACCGGGGUCGGUCUUGUCCAAUAAUUGUCCACUGCAGGCAAGUAUACUACAAUAAUUAUAACCUUGUAACGAUGCACUGGCUGAAUGGGUGUCAAUUGCAUUGCAUGACAGACUGAGUAUAUACACUCCACUACGUAUUUAUUUGGACAGUGAAGUUAAAACAUAUUAUUUGACUCUAUAUUUCAGCAUUUUGGAUUUGAGAUCAAAUGUUUCAUAUGAGGCAACAGUACAGAAUGUCACCUUUUAUUUGAGGGUAUUUUCAUACAUAUCAGUUUUACCAUUUAGAAAUGAAAGCACUUUAUGUAUCUAGUCACCCCAUUUGAAGGUGUCAUAAGUAUUUAAUUCACCUAUAUGUGUAUUAAAGUAGUGCCAUUUUUUUGUAUUUGGUUCCAUAUUCCUAGCAGGCAAUGACUACAUCAAGAUUGUGACUCUUCAAACUUGUUGGGUGCGAUUGCAGUUUGUUUUGGUUGUGCUUCAGAUUAUGUUGUGCCCAAUAGACAUUAAUGGUAAAUAAUGUAUUGUGUCAUUUUUUUGUCACUUUUAUUGUAAAUAAGAAUUGAAUGUGUUUUUCAACACCUCUACAUUGAUGUGGAUGCUACCAUGAUUAUGGAUAUUCAUUAAUGUAUUGUGAAUAAUGAUGAGUGAGAAAGUUACAGAGGCAUAGAUAUCAUACCCCCCCCCCCCCCCCCCCCCCUCCCUCCCAAAGAAAAUGGUAACCUCCACCGUUAUUGGUAAUGGUGAGAGGUUAGCAUGUCUUGGGGGUAUGAUCUUUGUGCCUCUGUAACGUUCUCACUCAUAAUUAUUCACAAUUCAUUCAUAAUGACAUUUGUAGAAUCACAAGCUUGAUGUAGUCAUUGCAUGCUAGGAAUAUGGGACCAAAUACUGAACUUUUGACUAUUUUAUUACACAUACAGUAAAAGUGUACUUAUGACACCUUCAAAUGCAUGUUGGCAUUAAUUGGGAUGACUCAUGUACUGGAGGCAGCUCUGCAGGGUAGUCAGUAGUUGGCAUGGUCACAAAAUCCUAACCCUGACCUUAACCCUAACCUUAACGACACUGCUAACCUUAUGCCUAACCCUAACCUUAAAUUAAGAACAAAAAGCAUUUUUUUUGUUUUCAUGAAUUGUUAUGAUAUAUAGGCAAUUUUAACUUUGCAGCUGGCCCAUCUAGCGGAAAUUACUCUGCCUCCAGGACAAGAUUAAUCCCAAUAACCGUCAACCUGCCCUUCAAAUGGGGGGACUAGAUAAAUAAAGGUCUCUCAUUUCUAAACUGUAAAACAGAUAUGCACGAAAAUACCCUCAUAUAAAAGGUAACAUUCUGUACUGUCGCCUCAUAUGAAACAUUUGAUCUCAAAUAUAAAGUAUAAAGACAAAUUAAACGUUUUAGCUUCACUGUCCAAAUAAAUACAGAAGAGAGCAUAGGAAGACACAGUUAGACACACAGUUACCUAAAAUAUUGAUAUUUCUAUUUUUUGGAUCAUAUUCACUGACCAUACAAAUGUGUACUUUUGGAAACCAUAUUGCACAAAUAUAUUUUUGGUUUUGUUUAGUUAGUGAAGCUUCACUCGUUAUUUCUUAUGGCAGGUAUCUGCCUCCAUCUCUUUAAUAGUGUUCAGUCAUGCACUGAGAGUUUCUGUCUGUCUGUCUUUCCGUCUGUCCGUCCGUCUGUCUGGCCAUAGAGGUCUCUGCCUGGUCUCUAAAUGAGAAGCAGUGGAUUAAAUAAACAGUGGCACUCCUCGCCUCACGCCGCUCUCUCUGUCUCUCCUGUUUUAUUGGCUUUGCCUUUAUUAGAGAGAUAGUGCACGCCUUGUUUGCAAUUAACAUGCAGACAGAUUGAAUGCCCGGCAGGCACAAAGAGGGGCUUUUUAUGCGCCUAUCUCUGGUGGAAUAGCAAAGCAGGCUCCCCAAAGCCGCUCUGCUAAUGGCCUCUGGCCUCGCCGCCUUCCUCUGCUUCUGAGGUGUCUGUCUGCUGCACGCUCACGCUGCUGCUGCUUUUGAAAGCUUUUGUCCCUCAUAAUGCCAGUUCCAAACCAGUCCUCUCUAUAGAAGUAUUUGGACCACACACACAUGCAUGUGUACACACACACACAGACACACAUGCUUGCACACGCCCACACACACACACACACGUAUAUAUGUUUUGUAUAAUUUGUUCUUAAAAAUCUAAACACUGCAGAAAAAUAUGUAUAUAUUUUUAUGAUGAUGACAACUUUUUACGCAAUGGUUAUUAUAGCUUUUAUUAAUAUCUUAUGAUCUUCAAUUUAAUAUAUUUGAAAGAACUGCAAUUUACCAUACAUUACCCAUUUGUACCCGCGUGUAUUUAUACUGUACAGUAAACUAUGUAAUAUAUUUGACUUUUUAAACACUCCUCAUCAUUUGUAUUUCCUCACAGACUUUACAGCAAUAAUACAAGACAUUCUAAAUGAGCUAUUUAAUUUAAUGUAAGAGGCAAACACUAACUGUUGUAUUGAGGGAUCCACUCUGUGUCCUUUUUCUGCCUCACUAAUGAGCGUCUUCGUCUCUCUGGUUGCUUUGCAGUGACGGGGCUGGCAGAAGCGGAACAUACAUUCUGAUUGACAUGGUCCUCAAUAGGAUGGCUAAAGGUAGGAGUCAAUGGGCCUCUCCGUCUCGCACUCUUUCUGCUUGUGUGGAGACGUCGCCAUGGCAACAGUGA